AGCUUGAACCUGGGUGAAAAGGGAUUGCAUUCGUUAUGGAACUGGGCUACCUCCGGGCGUGUGCCAGGUUCCCCAUCCAAAACCCAUGGCUAAAUAGGUUCAAAACAAAAGUGAAGUAGCCUAGGCUAGAUUAAGCACUUGUAGUAAAGAUUUGCUUGAUAAAAACGGUAUAUCUACCUUCCUAAUGAAAAUUCGUUUAAAAAAAUCGAACAUAUAUUUUAUGGACGAUCGUUCUAUGCUGACAAUUUGACCAAGCGGUACAGAUUGCGGUUCGAUUUGAGAUAGGCGCUCCUCGCUCCUUUUGCCCGUUCACCAUAGAGCGGUGCACCGCGGCUCAGGUUAAUAGAACUCCCUCCGUCUGAAACCGCGUGAGAAAGUUGCCUUUGAGGCAAGCUAACAUUAUAUUUUGUUGUGCUGGUAUAGUGGGGGUUGUUAUUAUCAAAACAUUUACGAAACCUUUCUUGCACAACACACCCAUUUACGCGAAUACAGGUUAUUCUUCGGAUAACGAAUAUUAUUUUAUACCAAGCAUUCACCACAAGCUAUUGCGGCAAGUCAAAUUGCAAUUAACUUCUGUGGAUUUGUUUCAGCAGCCUACGCUUCUCAUGACCGCGUUGUGGGUUUGGCUUGUUGACUAACUGGAGUUUCGGGCUAUUCGGAUAUUGCUGGGUGGACAUGAUUACACGGUCUACAUGAAUAGGAGGACUAGUAUGAUACUUUUUUUUGUCCUCACCUGCUAUUUUUCUCCCUUCUAUGGUUAAUACAUGAUCGUAUGCUGGAGUAGCCUACAGCGAGAGAAAAGGAGAUUCUUACAUGCAUCAUUCACCGGAGCACCGCUGAUAGAGAGUUGACGGGAGAUCUAUGAGGACAAAUGGUCGGACGUGUUUGUGGUAUUUAACGGACAGUCUCGGAAGGAGCUAGGAUGAAUUUAUCGUAACCUGGAGCAUCCUCGCGCCUGUCCCUAUUUUGUUAGCAGACGGGUUUAUCAGGAACCGGGCAUUUGCCGAGGUAGAACGAUGUAUCCCCAGGGUCGACACCCGACACCCCACCAGGCCCCAGGCCAACCUUUCAAAUUCACCAUCCCAGAGUCACUGGAUCGCAUCAAAGAGGAGUUCCAGUUUCUCCAAGCUCAGUACCACAGUUUGAAAUUGGAGUGUGAGAAGCUGGCCAGUGAGAAGACAGAGAUGCAGAGGCACUAUGUUAUGUACUAUGAAAUGUCUUACGGGCUGAACAUUGAAAUGCACAAACAGACCGAGAUUGCCAAGAGGCUCAAUACCAUCUGUGCACAAGUCAUCCCCUUCCUCUCACAGGAGCACCAACAGCAGGUGAUCCAGGCAGUGGAGAGGGCCAAGCAGGUCACCAUGGGCGAACUCAAUUCUGUCAUCGGGGUACGUGUCCUUCCCGGUCUACCACCCACACAUCAGCAUCUGUCCCACGCGCACGGCCCCCAUGUCCCCCUCACCCCCCACCCGGCUGGGCUCAACCCAGCCCACUUGGGGGGAGGGGCCAGCCUGCUCGCCCUGUCCAGUGCCUUGGGGGCGCCACCGCACCACCUGGUGGGCAAAGAGGACAAGAAACACCCGGCGGAGGCUGAGCAGCUAAGAGAGCAAGAGCCGGGCACAAGUAAUACCCUGCUCGUUGCUGACAGUUUGAGGAACUCAGACAAGCGACGCAACGGACCUGAAUUCCCCAACGACACCAAGAAGAGGAAAGUAGAGGACAAGGACUCUAGUCAUUAUGAUAGUGAUGGAGAGAAGAGUGAUGACAACCUGGUGGUGGAUGUCUCCAAUGAGGAUCCUGCCUCCCCUCAUGGUACGCCCCUGCCCUCCCCCAGAGAGAACGGGCUGGACAAGACACGCCUCCUGAAGAAGGACCGAUCCUGUAGCCCCGCCUCCACAGCCUCCUCUGCAAGCUCCUCCUCCCUCAAGUCCAAAGAGAUGGGAAUGCGUGACAAGCCGGGUACGCCUCAACCGAAGUCGAGCACUCCCACUCACCGAGGAGACUCCACACCCGGACCCAGUGCCACACCCACUCUCCGCCCCAGCCUAUCCAAGCCCUCCUCCAUGGAGCUACCUCACCCACCUACUCUUGUCUACUCCCUAGCCACUGGUCUGCGGACUCCGCUGGCGGUGUCAGGGCCGUACCCCGGGCCGUUUGGCAUGCUGCCUCACGCCGCCAUGAAUGGGGAGCUGGCAAGUGCCGGCGCAGGCUACGCCAGCCUCCACAACAUGUCCCCUCAGAUGAGCGCUGCGGCGGCAGCCGCUGUGGCUGCCUACGGACGCUCCCCUAUGGCCGGCUUUGACCCUCAUCCUCACAUGAGAGUCCCUGGAAUGCCCCCAAGCUUAUCAGGCAUCCCUGGAGGCAAACCAGCCUACUCCUUCCAUGUUAGCGCCGAUGGACAGAUGCAGCCGGUACCGUUUCCUCCAGAUGCCCUGGUGGGCCCUGGCAUCCCGCGCCAUGCACGCCAGAUCAACACACUGAACCAUGGUGAGGUGGUCUGUGCUGUCACCAUCAGCAACCCCACGCGCCAUGUCUACACAGGCGGCAAGGGCUGCGUCAAGGUCUGGGACAUCAGUCACCCUGGCAACAAGAGUCCUGUGUCCCAACUGGACUGCCUGAACCGAGACAACUAUAUCCGCUCGUGCCGGCUGCUCCCCGACGGCCGGACACUCAUCGUGGGGGGCGAGGCCAGCACACUGUCAAUCUGGGACCUAGCCACGCCCACUCCACGCAUCAAGGCGGAGCUGACCUCCUCAGCCCCGGCCUGCUAUGCCCUGGCCAUCUCCCCUGACUCCAAGGUGUGCUUCUCCUGCUGCAGCGAUGGGAACAUUGCCGUCUGGGACCUGCACAACCAGACCCUGGUCAGACAGUUCCAGGGCCACACAGACGGAGCCAGCUGUAUUGACAUCUCCAACGAUGGGACCAAACUGUGGACGGGGGGGCUGGACAACACCGUACGCUCCUGGGACCUAAGAGAGGGACGCCAGCUGCAGCAGCACGACUUCACCUCACAGAUAUUUUCUCUGGGGUACUGUCCGACGGGAGAGUGGCUGGCGGUAGGGAUGGAGAGUAGUAAUGUGGAGGUGCUCCACGUCACCAAGCCAGACAAGUACCAGCUCCACCUCCACGAGAGCUGUGUGCUUUCCCUCCAGUUUGCUUCCUGUGGAAAAUGGUUUGUGAGCACAGGGAAGGAUAACCUGCUGAAUGCGUGGAGGACACCGUACGGAGCCAGUAUAUUCCAGACCCAUGUGCACCUUGAUAUUGGAGACGGAGGUGGGAAGACCUGGUUCACCAGCAACCCAAAUCCCCUUCGGAAAGGGAGGAUGGAGCCGGUCGGGUGCGACCCAAGCGACAUGUAGAUGCAAGGAACCGAGCUUGGGCGAGAGACGAAGCCAACCUUCUGGCCCAGAACUCCGCACCGAGGGAAGGGAGAAGCGGAGAGCGUUGGCCCACUACCCAGUCCUCAGAGUCAUAGAUACUCCCGCCGUUUACCCGGGCCUCAUUGAUAUUUCGCUUUUCCAGAAAAUUAACCAUGCAUGUUCUCUUGUUUUGUACUGUUCUGUAAUUUCAACCUAAUGAUUCGUCUGACAAACAAAGAACUUUGCGUCCUGCAGGCCCAGAUCAAAGCCUACUUUUCCAAUAUUUCUGUCAUUCAGGGAUAUUUAUUCCCAUAGCAUUUUGUUAUGGAUCCAUAAUGAAAUAAACAUCUGCAUUUUGAAAGAGUAUUUUUAUCAUCAUUUUAUUAACGAAGGCAUACAGAUGUUGAUGAAGAAGCCACAUUCACCUUCGGAUCCAUCCCAGUUGGUAUUCUGUGGAACCAUGCAUUUUUUUUUCUCGGUGCAGCCCGUUGUCCAGCCCUUUGUCCACUGAUCGCCAUGGCUGGUUGUCAGCAUGGUUGUAUACUCUGCAAAAAUACAUUCUUCCCUUACCCUCCUUGGCAAGAGUCUAUUGUCCUGCAAAUAGCCCAUAAUUGGUGGAUGGAUGGCUUCUUCUGUAUUCCAAUGUAUUGAAUGAAUGUAUUACUUUUUUUUUUUCAUAACAAUGCCACUUCAUGUCAUUCAAAUGUACUUUUUAUUAUGUUUUAUUUAGACUUUUUUUUUAAACGGGCUACCUGAGGGCAAUACCAAAAAUGAGUGGUCUAUUAAUUCUGUAUCCUCCCAACAAAAUCUGCAGAGCUUUGAGAAUUUUAUGCCCCAAAUAUUCAACAUUUUGUUGGUGGCAAGAAUUCUAUAAAAAAUUUAGCUGAAAGGCACAGUCUUGAAUCUUGUGAAAUUGACAAAUCCAGGCAUUUAUAAAUAAAUCCAGUCUUAAUUUAUCAAAUGCCUUUUUAAAAUCUGCUAUAAAAAAAAU